AUGAAUAAUAGAGGAAUCCCUAUGUUACCUCGUAGAUGGUUGAAAUGUCCGCGUAUGGGAGACAUGAUAUUAGAUAUAUUCAUUCCAUUCAAAACACCGUUGGACAAUAAGUUUGAUCAUUUCAUCGAUCCGGAUGAUGUGUUUCACGUAGACGAUGCAUUCAAAACAGCGGAACCGUACAAACUUGGUCUAAUUAUCGACUUAACAAAAUCUCGUAGGUUUUAUAAUCGACGCGAAGUAACAGAACAGGACUGUAAAUAUUUGAAAAUAGAAUGUAAAGGUAAUGAGGAACGACCAACAUCAGAACAAGUGAAUCUUUUUAUACAAAUUGUUAAUCAAUUUCUCGACAAUAAUACUGGAAAUCAGAAAAUAGGAGUUCAUUGCACUCACGGAUUCAACAGAACGGGAUUUAUGAUUAUUGCUUAUCUCGUUGAAGAGUUGAACUAUGGCGUAGAUAUAGCGGUUCAAAUAUUUUCGGAUGCUAGGCCUCCUGGAAUUUACAAGGCAGAUUAUUUAGAAGAUCUCUUCACACGUUAUGGGUGUAUCGAGGAUUGCCCACAAGCCCCUUCACUUCCUGAUUGGUGUACAGAGGACGAAGAAUACAGUUUACCUACGCCAGCUAAGAGAAAAAACGAAGAAUUGUGUACAAACGUGGAUAAUCAAGAGACAGUUUCCUCAUCAAAAAUAUCACGCCUAAGCGAUCAUAUAGAAGAAAAUGUGCCUUUUAGUGUUCCUACAAGCAAAAGCUUUCCUCCACCGCCUCCAGGAAAUCCAGAUUUUAUGGAAGGGGUUUCUAAGGUUGAUGUUUUGGCUCAGGACAGUCCAGAAGCACAUGAGGCACGCGAUUUAUCGGACAAACUGUGCAAAAUGGGUGGUUUUUUAUUUAUAGAGGGUCACUUGUUUCCUGCAACCGAUUCAACAUCUGAAAAUGAACAAGAACCUGAGAAUUUAGAAGCAAAUCGCAGCGAAAAGACUUCAAAACCAUCUAAAAGGCCUUUACGUUUCAAAGGUAGUCAACCAGUCUCCAUAACACAACGAAAUAUAGCAGCUCUGGUCAACUCUGAUUAUUGUGUAACGUACAAGGCUGAUGGCACUCGUUAUCUUAUGCUCAUAAUGGGUCCUGGUCGUGUCUAUCUAAUAGAUCGGGGAAAUUUUGUUUACAAGCCAAAUGUUUUGCAUUUUCCGACGGUAUCGUGGGUUCGCGAAAAUGAAAAACGUGGUCCAAAUUCUGGUCGUUCAGACUUCCUAAAUGAUCCUGAUGGUCACUUGUUUAAUACGCUUUUGGACGGUGAACUUGUACUUUGUCACGACCAUUCUAAACCUCCUAACAUAUCCACAUCAGAAAUAUCUGGAACACCUAGAUUCUUAAUUUAUGAUAUAAUUACUUUAAACAAUAAACCUGUUGGUCGGUCUGCAUUUUUUGAACGUUAUUCGACAAUUGACAAGCAAGUUAUAUGGCCCAGAAAUACCGGUGGUCACUUGGGACUAGUUGACUUUAGUACGCAAUCUUUUUCAGUCAGGCGAAAAGCAUUUCGCGCUCUGCAAGAUACUGAAGAGCUACUCAAACCUGCGUUUUUGCAAAGCUUGGACCACUCAACAGAUGGCCUUAUAUUUCAGCCUUGUGGUCCUGAAGAUUUUUAUGUUCUUGGAACUUGCCCACAAACCUUAAAAUGGAAACCUCCAAGUAUGAACACAAUUGACUUCAAAUGUAAAGUGGAAUAUCAACGAAAAGUUGGGUAA